AUGUCUACAGAUAAAAUUGCUUUGGUUACUGGUUAUACAGGAGAAUCAGGAAAAGCACUUGUGAAAGAAUUAAUUACUAAUAAUCAAUUUAAAAAAAUUAUUCUUGUUGGUCGUCGAAAAGUUGAUUAUACAGAAAAUGAAUACAAAGAGAAAACGGAACAACGUGAAAUAGAUUUUGAUCAAAUCGACAAUUAUACUGAAGCAUUUCGUGGUGCUGAUGUACACUUCUGUUGUCUUGGUACGACAAGAGGCAAAUCUGGUGCUGAAGGUUUUCGUCGAGUUGAUUUCGAUUAUAUUGUUGGUGCAGCUCGUCUCGCUAAACAAGAAGGAUGUAAACAUUUUCAUCUCGUAUCUAGUCAAGGUGCAAAUGAAAAUUCAUAUUUUCUCUAUCCUCAAGUGAAAGGUCAAGCAGAAGCAGCUUUAACUAAAAUGUCCUUUCCACGUUUAUCAAUCUAUCGACCAGCAAUGUUAAUGGUCGAUCGUGUUGAACAUCGUUUAAUGGAACGUAUAGCACAAAGUAUUAUUGGUCAUACAGUUCAACGUAUUGCACCAGAAUGGAUUACAACACCGGUUCAAAUUCUUGCUCGAGCAAUGUGUUUUAAUUCAUUUACUAAAGAUCGACCAAGUGUUGAAGUUAUUGAUAAUCACGCUAUAUUUCGUCUUGCUGAACAACAACCAAAUCCAUCAACAGAACAAACAAAAGCAACGAACGAACUUUAA